UAUUUCGACUUACGCGCAGUAAUCCGUUGAGAGAAAUAUGUCUACAUCAAUCGCGUCCUGAAAUAGAAGAUUUUGUCGAAGAAGCAAAUAAUACUGCAAAAUGAAGCGUUCACCUAUCAGAGACCAUUCCCCUAUAAGUAAAAGGUCCAGGUCAUCAUAUCGCAUGUCAGAUCAUGAUAUGGGCAGAGGCAUGUCACCAGAUAUGUACGACCGAAGAGACCCUCGCAGAGACAUGGUAAUCAAAAAAUCUUACCGUAACAUAGAUCAUGAAAUGGACCGUCCUCGUGCUAAAUACAGAGAUGACCGAAUAGACUAUUCUCCACCUUCUAGACCUGAUACUAGACACCAACCAGACUUUAGAUCUAUUUGUAUAAGUAAUAUCUCUGGGAAAAUCCCUGUUCCCGUCUUGAAAGAGACCCUCUAUCACGAGUUCAAAAAAUUUGGAGAAUUCAAUGUUAAUGUUACAUAUAGUGGGGAUAUUAGAGUUGCUUAUAUAAACUUCAGGUACCCAGAAGAUGCACGUGAAUCUAAACAUUUGAAAUCCAAACUUGUUCUCUUUGAUCGUCCUGUAAGAAUAGAAGCUGUGUAUCAAAAGAAACGAAGCCAUAGCCCCGGAAAUGAUAAUUUUCAUUUUGAGCGCCAUGACAAUUAUGGUAGCAGUAAUACUAAUUAUAGAGGAAGGGGAUCCUUUAGAGGAUAUCCUAGCAGUAGAAGACCAUCUGGCCGUGGAUUUUACCAAGGACCUCCUCGCAAUAUGCCUCCUAGGGAAAACCCAGAUUUUAAUCCAGGAGACUCAUAUAAUGCUCCUAAACGAAAUGACAAAUUCCCAUAUCAUCUAGAUCAUAUCCAGCCAGAGGAUGAUGAAAAUGCAACAAGGACAUUAUUUGUAGGCAAUCUUGAUUACAAUAUUUCUGAACAAGAAUUAAAAACUGUGUUUGGGAGAUAUGGUACCAUUGAAGAUACAGAUAUAAAACGACCUCAAAGAGGUACUGGAAAUGCUUAUGCUUUUAUGAAGUUCAUAAAUUUAGACUGUGCUCACAAAGCCAAAGUGGAACAAUCUGGACAGUAUAUUGGCAGGUUUCAGUGUAAGAUUGGUUAUGGUAAAGUGACUGCAACAACUUGCCUAUGGGUUGGUGGUCUUGGUUCAUGGAUUACACAUGAGACACUUGAACAAGAAUUUGAUCGAUUUGGAAUGAUAAAUAGAAUAGAAUGGCCAAGAGGUAAAGACUAUGCUUAUGUUUUAUAUGAUAAUCUCGAUGCUGCUCAAGCAGCUUGUCAAGAAAUGCGUGGUGCUCCAAUGGGAGGAAAUGAGAAUAAAAAACGUCUUAGGGUUGAUUUUGCAGAUCCAAAUCAUAUCAUGAUACCUGAAAAUUUAGACAGCUCUCAUCGUGAUGGUAAUUCCUUGUAUGAUGAAUCGAGACGUGAAGGUAAAGAAAGUAAAACAAGGGAAGAAUGGCGUGAAAAUGAAAAUAGAAAUCCUGACAUUGAACUUAGACAUAGUGGUAGUUGGGAAGAAGGUAGAAAAAGACCUUUAUCUCCAGACGAGUACAGGAGGAGGAAAAUAUCUACUUCACCUGAUCAAAGAUUUAGUAAGGGUCCUGAAUCUAGAGGUAGAUCAAGAGAGAAAAAAACACUUUUUUCACAAGAAAGAGAACUUGGUGAAAUUGAUCCCCAUGACGAUUCAAGGAAAGAAAGAAAGACCUCAGUUGACAGUUCAGACAUGGGUAUAGAAAAUGUAACUUCAAUACCAGAUCUUGCAAAGUGUUUACCUGUUGCUUGGAAUGGUGCAGUCAUUUUGAAAAAUAGUGCUUUCCCUGCAAGAAUGCAUGUUGUAAGUGGAAAUGUAACCAUUGUUGAUACCCUAAUGAGAGAUCCUAAUUCAACAGAAACACCUGUGUUAAAGGUCAAACAAAGAUUAAGGCUUGACCAGCCUAAAUUAGAAGACGUUGGAAAACGUGUAUCCAGUGCUGGAAAAUUAGGACAUUGUAUUUUGCUAGCUAUGACAAGUACACUUCAAAACUACGAAGACCCGAGUGUUCAACAAAGACCAUUAAAAAAUUUAGUUAGUUACUUAAAACAGAAAGAGGCAGCAGGAGUUAUCUCCCUCCCUUCAUAUGAGUCAAAGGACAAAGAUGAUGUUGGUGUUCUAUACGCAUUUCCUCCAUGUGAAUUUGGCUACAAGUUUUUAACCAGCAAAGCGACGCAUCUUCCAAGUGAAUUAGUACCAGAUGAUUAUAUGGUCAUUGUUGUUGUUACUGGCGCAGGAAGUCUGGCUGACGUAUAGCACAGUUGGGUGACUUUAACAGCAAGAAAAUUCAAGUGAAAGCUUCUCAAGAGGAAACAAUCCCUGGCAUUUUAGUAUUCUGUGACCAAAUUUGACAGUUUUGUGUAUGUUAUUGUGUUGUAUGAUGGAGCAUUUUAGAGUAGCGACUAAAGGAGUAAAAAAAUGUGUAAAUGUAUUGACUGCUUCUGUUGAUCCUGUUACCAACAAAUAGGAACUGAACUGAUGAAGAAAUUAUGAAAUUUGAUGUGGAAUUGUGCAUAUACCGUAAAUUAUCUGCAAGAUUCAUCAUAAACAUUAAUCAUGUUUGAUCGUCGUUAGUAUUGAUUUGUGAACUGUGUCUAUGUCAGAAAUUUGACACCUUUAUUUUCAAUGAAAACAAAGAUAUCAGAAAGACUUGGAAUAUAUUCAAGUGUUUUUCAGAAUAAGCAUUUAUGAAAUGUGCAUUGUGGUCUAUACAUGCUAUAUAUUAUUCUUGCUUUGUGUUUCAUUAUAUAAUUAAUAUGUGUACUUCACAAGUGUUCGAUGUUCCAGUGGAAUUUAUCAUAUAGUAUUGCAGCUUUUGUGGUGACAUUUCUGUCUAGUGUUCGUCAUUUUAAAUUUUAAUUGCUUGUAUGAUUGUUUAGUGUGACCUAGAGGCAUAUCCUUUAGGUAGUUAUCUACGAUAAAAAUAUACUUAAUCAA